AUGCAUGUGUCGUCUUUGCUCGCGGCUGCGGCUGUCAUUGCUCCUGCCUUGGCGCAGUUGUCAGGAAAAGUCGGUCCCUUGACUACACUGGCGGAAAAGGCGAAAAAGAAGUGUAGUGUGCUCGAUCACGGUGGCAAGGCGGACAAGUCGACUGAUCUUGCUCCUGCGCUGUUGGCUGCUUUCGCCGCUUGCAAGCACGGCGGCGUGGUUGUGAUUCCUCCUGGUGAUUAUGCGUUGCAGACUUGGGUUGACCUUGCGGGCGGAAAGAAGUGGGCACUGCAGUUGGAUGGAAUCAUUUAUCGUACCGGUUCGGCAUCUGGCCACAUGUUGCUCAUCCGGAACACACAUGAUUUCGAAAUGUUCAGCAGUACCGGCAAGGGUGCUAUCCAAGGUUAUGGAUUCGAAGAACACAAGAAGGGAAAUCGAAAGGGUGCUCGUCUCCUUCGAUUAGAGAAAAUAUCAGACUUGUCCGUACACGACUUCGUCCUGGUUGAUGCCCCAAUGUUCCAUUUCGUCAUGUACGGCGUGUCCAACGGUGAGGCGUACAACAUGGCCAUCCGAGGUGGAGACUGGGGCGGCCUAGAUGGCAUGAGCGUGAUAGGUGACAACGUCUGGGUUCACGACAUCAUGGUCACCAACAAAGACGAAUCGGCGGCUGCGCAAUCGGCUCCCUCUCCGCCCACACCGACAUCUCCACCGUCACCUACCGCAACAUCUACAGCUGGAAAUCCAACAAUAUGA